AUAAAAUUGAGUUACUUUCGUUUUCGACUGACGUAAACUUCCGGUUUCAAUCCAAAAUGUCCGAAAGUUCCCUUCACACAGAUAUUAGUCAUGAAACAGGGACAACAGACACUGGCCAGCUAGCUAGUACCAGUAUACCAUUAGCUAUAGUACCAGCUUACAAACAUCUUAAGCAAGCCAAAGACAGCCAAGGAAGUGUCCCUCAGCUGCCAUCCCAUAGAUUUCAGUAUUCAGUAUGGCAUGACUUGAAAGUAGUAUCCAUAAAAGGAACAGAUCUGAAAGCACCAAGAAUAAGAGAUGGACCUAAUGAAAAAGAAGAAGCAUUUUAUAGUCUGAAGGAUGAAGAUAACCAGUACAUACAUCACAACUUACAUGGGAGGAGGAGAAUUACACAUCAAACUACCAUGGAAAACUGGGAAGUGGCAAAGUCUGCAAGUUUUUGCUACCAGGACUUAAGUGAUGCUUAUCAGCGCAAGCAUUUCCAGAAUAUCCUUGGACGCCUUCGAAAUGUUGAGCAGCUCUACCUGGUGGACAAUGGAAUGCAGUACCUCAACUCCUACAGCUUCCCAAAAUGUGAAGUUUUGAAUAUCAACAAUAACUACAUUGCAUCUUUUAAGUAUUUACCAUCCAUACCUCGAGUGAAGUUACUUACAAUGGAAGAUAAUGAUGUGGAUAACUUCAAGGGACUUGGAAAUCUCAAAACUCUGGAAGAUCUGUAUCUACGUGGAAAUCCAAUCACCUUUUUAAUCAACUACAGACAAAGAGUGUUCCAGAUACUACCUCAGUUAAAACGUUUAGAUGGUAUCCCACGGUUACAGAGUGACCUUGAAUUUGACCCUGAGUAUGGAGACAUGGAUGAAAGUAUGAAUGAUUCAAGCUGUGUUAUAUUGUAAAAUUAUUUGAUUCAACCUGAUGAAAAACAUUAUUUGGAAAACAUCUUUGAUUACUUGAUAGAUGGUUCACUGCAUUUAUUCAUUUUACAAUUUUUGGAAUUGCAUGAAAUUAAACUUCUGUGAAAUAGAACAUUCCGUCCAUGAAGACACAAUACAACAUAUAUUUGCUAUUUGUAGAAUUUCUACAUAAAUGAAAAUGUGAUUUUUAUGCCCCAUUUAUGGGCAUUAUGUUUUCUGGUCUGCAUCCUUCCGUCGGUUCGUCCAUUCGUUCGUCCCGCUUCAGGUUAAAGUUUUUAGUUGAGGUAGUUUUGAUGAAGUUGAAGUCCAAUCAAUUUGAAACUUAGUAAACAUGUUCUCUACGAUAUGAUCUUUUUUAUUUUAAUGCCAAAUUAGAGAUUUUAUCCCAUUUUCAUGGUCCACUGAACAUAGAAAAUGAUAGUGCGAGUGGGGCAUCCAUGUACUUGGGACACAUUCUUGUUUGUCAAUGAGAAGUAUGUCUUAUCUCUUAUUUUACUUUGAUAUUUGACAUUUUUGAAAUUAAGGACUUGUCAUUUCAAUUCAGACUUGUGAAUUAUUUGUAUCAUUCCGUCCUGAAAGAUGUAUUUUCUGCAUUGUAUAUAUUUUUCCUUUACUUUUACAUUUCAAUUUGUUAAAGGUUGUUACACGAUUGGAUGGGUUAGUGUACUCUUUAUUUAAAAUUGAAAGGGAGGUUGUUAAUUAGACAAUCAACAGCAUUAAAAAUCAUGUAGAAUUUAAGAAAAAGAAACAUUAUAUGAAGCUUGGGUAAAAACAGUUCAUCUCAGAUACUCCACCCCAAUACACCUUAUCGCUAUUUAUUCCAUUCCGGAUAAGUUCUAAAAUUACACAACUUUUUCAUCUAGUUGAAGCUAUCUGGGACCCUGUUUAAACAAUUCACCAUGCAUGAUACUUUUUAAUGAGACCUGUUUAAACUACUGUAACUACUUAAUUCAAACAAAAUAUUUUUUACUUCAAUAUUGAUUUCGAAAAAAAUAGAUCAUACUAUAUCAAACUUUCUUGAUGAUCACUUUCUGAAGUUUUUUCUCCCUCAGCUCACUACUGAUGACCUCCAUUUUUCGGCCGAUGACCUAAACAGGAAGUUGUAUAAAUGACUGUUUUUCCCAGAAUGGACUAAAUAGAGAUAAGGUGUAUGCCAACAUAUUAUAUUCUGGAACAGUUCUUCAACAUGUUUGAUUUGAAUUUAUUUUAUUGUUGUAUUAUUCAUACAUUAUACUGUGGAUUCAUUAUUAUUCGUUGGAUACCAAUUUUCGUGGGUUUCGUGGUUAUAGGUCAACAAUGAAUUUAAAUAUUCAACGAAUUAUAAAUUCACUAAAGGCUUUGUUCACAGUGUUUGACAAAACCACGAAAUUAAAUAUUCAAGAAAAUGUAAGUUUUCCCUCAAUCCACGAAAAUUGAUAUCCACGAAAAUAAAUAAAUCCACAGUAAUUCUUUUUUAAGAUACAUACUUAUGCAAUAUAUUGUACCUAUAUUUACAUAUUUAGCUGGUUCUUUAAUAUUAAUAUGACAUGCUGGUUAUGUCACAAUAAAACAUGUAAUUUGUUA